AUGGCCCAACUUACUUUUCUCUUCAGCGUUAUCAUAACAUUAGUUAACUUCUGCUCUGCGCUAGAUUGGCCAUUUCCAACUAUGACAGAAGUCAACGGAACCUACUGGCAAGCGUUCAAUUAUUUGAGUUGCUUAAAUGCCAGUCAUUUUCCAGGUGACACAUUGGUCGGUUAUGAUGACGCUGGCAUAUUAGUUGUAGCACUUAACUCGUCACUAGUUAAUACUACUGCGGCUGACCAGAUUCGGACCACGUGCUAUAUUGCUUUCCGUAGUCGUUUCAAGAAUGCUUUGGAAUUUUACGACACAGAGGCACCGGAGCUGGAGGAUGCGACGACAUUGAGUGCGGUACUAGCCCAGCCGCAAUAUUUGUCACGGACGGAGCCCUGGCCCCCCGCGAGGAGUAGGAGGAACCAUAGCUCAAUAAGUAGCAAUACCACGCUAACACGCAGGACCGAGGAGUAUUAUGAGAUGUUUCUAUCAGAGUACUCAGGUUGCGCUAGUUCAGAUCUAAUUUUGACGUACCCUUUGGAGUGUAUGUCCUAUGCGAGUUCUUUCACAUCAUUAGAGUUUAGCAACCCUUCCUCCAAAUAUAUCUUGAGAGGUUACGCAUGGCCGCAUCACGAUUGUACCAAGGGCAACGAAAAGUCAUAUGUGGUUGGCCCGGGUAGCAGUUCGGGCUGCUUCAAGCGAACGACGUACUCUUACUACGGCGUUUUUCAAGAUGACGACUGCUAUGGAGUAGAAGAGUACAAUUGCCAAGAAGCUACGACCAACGACAUAUCCUCAAUAAUCAUGACAGGGGCAGUAUACCUAAUGAUGGCCCUACUAGCCUCUAGCUAA